AGCAUGCUGCUGGGGCUGUUGUCGAGCAACAGCGGCGAUAGGCCUUGCUUGUCACACUUGGACAGGAGGGAUGUUGCACAGCCUAGGCCUUGGAGGACAGGGCUGUGGCUGGUGCCAGGGAUCACCACAUGCAGUGUGGUUGGAGUGCAUCAGAUGAGCCUGCGCGGUACCAGCCUAUUUGGCAGGCGCAGAAAGAGAGUUGGCUGCUUUCGUUCCAGAAGAAGGCUGAGGACAACGAGCUGCAAAGCCAGUGCAGUGGAGCUCUGGCAGAUGACCGAGGCCAUGUCGGAUGCCCUGCAGCGCGCCGAGUUCCGCCUCAUGGAGCGUGCCGAGCUGGGCGCGGCGGGCGAGACCUACGGUGCCCUCAGCACCAUCGCCGCCUCCAUGGCCGAGGCCAGCGGUGGCGUUGCAGCCACUGCGGAGACAGCUGCCGUGACUUUGGCAGGGUUGGAAGCUGAAACAGUACUGACAGCAUCAGCAGUAGCCGCAAUUGCCGCAUUUGCUGCCAGGAGUGCGGCGGCGAAACGUGUUGCUGAAUGGGAAGAUGCUUCAGAAGAGGAUGCACACCAUGUUCACCUACGGCAAGUUUGGAGAGCAGUGUUGCGUCAACACCCCGAAGCGGUGUUAGAUGCCAACUUCUUGGGCACACCCUUUGGAUACAAGCAGGUGAAGCAGCGCUGGCCACGGCUGGUGCAGUCGCUGGGCAUCACGGAAGACCAGGCGCUGAAGAUCAUAGAAAUGGACGCAACGCCGCUUUUAGUGGAGUCCGACUCGGUGUCUGAAGUCCUGGCCCGGUUGGCAGCCAUCAGUUCUCGAGAGAAGGCCCUGGAAUUGGUCGGGCGCAGUCCCUCCCUUCUGGUGGGUGGAGCCAUGAAUCAGGCGACGAGCAGCAAAAACUUGGCUGCGUCGACAUUGAUUGAUGUCCUCUAUGCCGGACGGUUGUAUAGGGUGCUAGAAGAAGAGGGCCGUGACAACGAAGGUAAGCUCGCAGAAAUUGAAUUGUAUGCUCAGCUUUUGUCGGCUUUUCGCCCCUGCGUGGAUUUGGUCCUUUCGGGCCUCACUGCCCGCGAUGCCACCGACGCCACGCGGCGGAUUUUCCGCUCCUUGCAGGAUGGUGCCCCCAACGAAUCCAUCCGUGUGCUUUUGCAGAGAGUCGCCGACUCGGACAACCCUUGGACAUACUUGGCAGACCAGACUCGAGCUGGCUUCCAUAUUGGUGGACGACUUGCAGUGCGCCCAGCUUUGACAAAAAAGAUUCUGCCGCAUUCCCAGUCUAUUGUCACUCACUUGCCAUCAAUUUAUACUCGCUUGUCAAUCCUGGGGCCACACGUGCCAAGCAUCGUGCGCAUUUUGGAUCAGUAUUUGGACAUCGUGGAGCCACACCUGGACCGGAUCAUGGAACGGAUGGAUCGCAUUGAGCCCCAUUUGCCGUAUAUCCUUCUUCAUCUAGAUGUGCUGGCGAAACACUGUGGCGCGUUGCUUGAUCACUUCGAUUUGCUCAUGCCCUAUGCUGAGCUGGGUCGGAAGAAUCAAAGCCCUGACCUGGAGCGAUGCUUUGACGAGCCCAAGCUUGAGAAUGUCGAGGAAUGCCUGGUGGACAACCUGAUAGAUGAAUGGGAGGGUGCGGCAAAGGUGGAGGAGAACUCCUACCUGCCAAAAUUGCUCCCCUAUGUGGACUUUUUGGUUCCGAAUCUCGAUGAGCUGGCAACACACUUGCCACUUGCUCAUCCGCACAUUCCAUAUGUGCUGCCCUACAUGGAUGACUUGCUGCCACACAUCAAGCUUUUCACGCGCUUCCCAGAGGUCUCCAAGAAUGCCGAUGUUCUGGUUGGAUAUCUUGGUUGGCUCCUCCGGGUACCUUUGAUUCCAAGGAUUUUGAAGGUGCCAUUGGUGCCGCGUUUCAUCUCUUGGAUCAGCGGACGUUUACCGCGAAGGUUUAUUCGAGGCCGCCUGGAGAAGAUCCGCCAGCGCUAUGAGAGGGAACAUCCUUCCUUUGGGAAUUGAAGCACCCUUUCGCCAAGUCGACAUAUGUUUAAGAUGAUAUAGUUGAGUCUCAUCAAGGCAUGUUUGGGGUAUGAACAUUGCCCAACAGGCUCGUGGGCGCCAUGCCUCCAGUGGGUUUUGUCGAGCUCAUGAGCCCAACGAUUUUGUCAACCUUUUUGCAGUUACAGCUAGCCAGCACAGACUACGUACCAAAUGACGACAUGGUCGUCAAAGCAGGCGAAGGAGUUAUCAAGUGAUGUGCACGGAAAUCAGUGAUGG